AUGAUUGCAUAAGGUUUAAAGAGAUUGUCACUCCUUAAAAAUUUAAAGAAAUCUGCUUAGUUAUAUUACUUCAACAAGCAAGCAUUCGGAUCAGAUGUUGAUAAAAAUUUAAAUCCUUAUUCAUAUGAGGCUUUGAAAGAAAAUCAUUGGCUCGUCAGUGACUCAUCUAAAAAGGUUAGAUAUAUUAAUAUUUUCCUAAUAAAUCAAAUUUUGAUAGUUGAAAGCUAUAUUAAAUAUAAAAUGAGAAUUAUUUAAGAGCUUAGACAAUUUAUAAGAAAAGCAAAAUUAAAAGCUUAAAAUUUGGGUAUAAAUUGA